AUGAUUUCAUCAACUUUGCCUGCUACUACUACUGCAAAUUCUCAUUCAUCAUCAUCAAGUAACAGUGAUUGUAGCUCACUGGUAGAUGGUGGCAGUAUGACACCCCAACUGACCAUUAACACUAGUAACAUGAUCAAUUUCCCAGCAACACCUCCAGCAGUAUCAACACCGACAACCUCAAUGAUGAAAGAUGACUUUUUUGAUAAUAUAGGAACUCCCAAUCUUUUACUUUUCAAUACAUCUUUGUCCAGCUCGGACUUGAUGAUGCACUAUUCGAAUCCAUCUUCACCAAUUGCUUUUGAUACCAACACUAAUAAUAGCAGUAGUUUGCUAAAGAGUGAGGAAAUCACAACUACAAUACCAAAAAAUGUCAUUACAACAACAUCGACCUCAACAUCAACUGUAACUUCGCCACUAACAAGCAUUUCUUCGCCACUGACAAGCAUGUCUUCACCACCACAACCACAACCACCAAGCUCUUCCUCUGCUCUAACCAGUAAUAAUCAAAUUACUAGUAGUUGUUCAACGAUGACCAACAAUAACAAUAACAACAACACUGUAUAUAACACACCUCCAGGGUCAUCGUCUUCCACACCAAGUUUACUAUCGUCGCCAUCCACCAAUUUCCACUAUCAAUCACCACAACCCUCACCACUACUCGCCACACCUCUAUCACCUACCACCUCAACCUCGACAUCUCUGUCCAGUUCAACAUCGUCACUUACCAACAUUUCCACAUCAAACCAACCACAACAACAACAACAACAUCCACUCCUCAGUAAAACAAAUAAUUCGACAUCACCAGUUACAGUGACAACCACAACCAAUCCAGCAUCUACAGCUUCUUUCAAAACCUUUUCACAAGCAGUAAACCAACUUUUGCCAGCAACUACGAUCAACAGCAACAGCAACAGCAAUAGCCAUUCGAUUGCACAGCAACAUCUAAACAAACUCUAUCCACACAUCAAACUCCAGAUUGUCUCUGAGGAGUUUAAAUUUACAGUUUUCGUAGCGACCACCCUCAAAAUUUUGGAACUCAAACAAAAGAUAUCAUCGGAAUUCAACGGAUUGUUUGGUUCCAGCAAAAUCGGCAACAAUCCUCUUUCAAAAUCGAAUCUUGGCACCGCGAGACUACGUGACCAACUUGGUAACGAUCUCUCAUACACAAAGACCGUUGGUGACCUACUAAGCGAUAUGGACACAGUCGUAGUCGUACAACAAUCAUCAUCGAGCGAACCAUCUACCAUUUUCAAUACAAUUUUUCCAACAACCGAUUCAUUGUCUAUCGUUGCCAAAGAAAAUUCAACUUCUUAUAAUUAUAGUAUAACAAAUGUAUCGAAUAAUAACAACAACAACAACAAUAAUAAUAUUAGCAAUAGUAGUUCAAAUAUAUCAUCACCAUCACAAAUCGAUUUAGAAAAUAAUUCAAAAAAAUUAAAGUUGGAGAAUAAUAACAUUGCACUAUCACCACCAUCUACAAACAACACAGUUCCAACUGUUUCCUCGCCAGAUACUAGUCCAGCAGCAGUGGUUUUCAGUCCACCACAACAACCGCACACCCCUCUUUCAAGCAACAGCACACCAAUCGAUCCUUCAUCGUCAUCCGAUUCCGUAGGUCAGAAACGACCAAGAUCAUCACUCGACAACAUUCCCACAAACUAUUUCUCAAUGACUGGAAAUGCUGGACAACAUAUUCUAUAA